AUGCUCCUAAGUUCAACUUUUACCUUCCCAGGUACUAACUGCGACGUUGAUUAUGACGAGUGUGGUUCCGGCCCUUGCCUGAACGGAGCCACCUGCAACAACGAGCAAAACAGGUUCUCGUGUGUUUGUGCUAAUGGUUGGGAUGGGGAUACUUGUCAGCAGGACAUCAACGAAUGCCUGAAUUUUCCCUGCAUCCACGGCACGUGUGUCAAUGAGGAUGGGGGUUUCCAUUGUAAUUGCGAUUUUGGCUGGUCCGAUCGUCUUUGCGAUGUCGACAUCGAUGAUUGCGAGUCCAAUCCGUGUAAGAACGGUGGCACAUGCAUUGAUGACCUGGGAUAUUUCAACUGCACCUGCGUUCCUGGUCACGUCUACUUGGACGAGCUCUGUGAGAUGGACGAAUGCGCCGACCAGCCUUGCUUCAAUGGAGCCACCUGCACUGACCUGAUUGGCAACUUCACCUGCACCUGCCCGCUGGGUUACGUAGGCGCCCUUUGCCAGGUGGACAUUGACGAGUGUGCCAGCAGCCCCUGCCGCAACAACGCCACCUGCACACAGGGUCUGGGUAGGUUUAACUGCACCUGUGCCCCUGGCUUCGCGGGGGAUCUAUGCCAGACCGACAUCGACGACUGCGCGCCGAGUCCCUGUUGGAAUACUGCCACCUGCGUCGACCAGGUGGACGGAUUCCAUUGUCUCUGUCCGGCCGGGAUGGAAGGAAACCUGUGCCAGGUGGAGACCAAUGAUUGCGCCAGCAGCCCCUGCAAACACAAUGCUACUUGUGUAGAUCGCCUGGGCUACUUUGAGUGCAGCUGUGGGAUUGGUUUCUUCGGCGAUCUUUGUGAGGCUGACAUCGACUUCUGCAUCAACCAAACCUGCACAAAUAACGGCACGUGCGUGGAUCGACUAGACGGGUUUCACUGUUUGUGUGAGAAGGGCUACGAAGGUGCCAUGUGCGACGUUGAGACGGACGAAUGUGCCAGUGAUCCAUGCAUGUACGGGGCGACUUGUCACGAUCUGAUAGGCGAUUACAGCUGCUUGUGUCAGGAAGGCUACGAGGGAAAUGACUGUGAGGUGGAGACCAAUGAAUGUGAUAGCUCACCUUGUUUGAAUGGCACUUGUGUCGAUUUGCUAAAUGGCUUCAAAUGCAAUUGUUCUGCUGGGUAUGAAGGAACCUUGUGUCAAGAUGACAUUGAUGAAUGUGCCAGCACCCCGUGCUUGCACGGGACCUGUUCCGAUCACAUCAAUGGCUUUUCGUGUGAUUGUGAUCCUGGUUAUGAGGGGGAACUUUGCCAAAACGAAAUUGAUGAAUGUGCCGGUUCACCGUGCGUGCACGGAACGUGCGUUGAUCUGAUCGACAGUUUCUCGUGUACAUGCUCUCCUGGUUACGAAGGGUUGACUUGCGAUACGGACAUUGACGAGUGUGCUAGUUUUCCUUGCCUGAACGGGACCUGCCUCGAUCACGUUGAUGGUUUCAUCUGUAACUGCUCAACUGGGUUCGAAGGAGAUCUCUGCCAGAUCGACAUUAACGAAUGUUCCAGCUCUCCGUGCACCCAUGGCACUUGUCUGGAUAUGAUAGGCGGUUUUCACUGUUCAUGUCAACCUGGUUAUGAGGGAGAAUUCUGCCAGCAUGACAUCCAUGAAUGUGCAAGUUCCCCUUGUGUCAAUGGUACGUGCGUGGAUCUAGUCGAUGGGUUCUUUUGUAACUGUACAGCUGGUUUUGAUGGAAUCCUGUGCCAGAUUGAUAAAGACGAGUGUUCAAGUUCCCCGUGUUUCUAUGGCACAUGUGUGGAUCAAGUUGACGGGUUCCUGUGUACCUGUUCUCCCGGUUACGAGGGACCUAGGUGUGGACAUGAAAUCAACGAGUGUGAAAGCUCUCCUUGCAUGAACGGUACCUGUGUGGACCAAGUGGGUUCCUUCCAGUGUAACUGUACGGCUGGGUAUGAGGGAAGUCUUUGCGAGCAUGACAUAGAUGAGUGUCUGAGCACGCCGUGUCUGCACGGCACCUGCCAAGACAAAGUGGACGGGUUUGCCUGUGUCUGCAUGCCAGGUUUUGAAGGGAUAUCCUGUCAACAUGAUAUUGAUGAGUGUGGGAGCUCGCCUUGCGUGAACGGAUCCUGUGUUGAUUUGGUGAACGGGUUCUCCUGCAAUUGCACAGAGGGUUACGAAGGAGAUCGGUGUGAUGGUGACAUAGACGAGUGUGCGAGUACUCCGUGCUUACAUGGUACAUGUCUCGACCAAGUUAACGGAUACUCCUGCAUGUGUGAUCCUGGGUACGAGGGUAACGAGUGCCAGGUCGAUAUUGAUGAAUGUAAUAGCUCCCCGUGUCUGAAUGGAUCGUGCAUCGAUGCUAUUGGUGGUUUUCACUGCAACUGCACACCUGGGUUCGAGGGGGAUAGGUGCCAAUAUAACAUUAACGAGUGUGCCAGUACACCGUGUGUGCACGGCACGUGCGUUGAUGGCGUUAAUGGCUUCUCAUGCGUCUGCGCAGCGGGAUAUGAAGGCGCGCUCUGCCAAAGCGACAUCCAAGAAUGCGCCAGCUCACCCUGUGUGAACGGUACUUGUGUGGAUCUGGUGGAUAGAUUUCGGUGCAAUUGCACGUCUGGUUUCGAGGGUCGUUUGUGCGACACGGAGAUCAAUGAGUGUGCCAGCUCACCUUGCUCGCACGGAAGCUGUACGGACCUCAUCGAUGGUUUCUCAUGCAUCUGUGAGCCCGGAUUCACGGGCACUCUUUGCGACACCGUGGCUCAAAACUGCGGCAGCUCACCGUGUGUGGACGGGACAUGCGUGGAUUUGGGACCGUACGACUUCUCGUGCAAUUGCACCGACGGAUUCGAGGGACGAAAGUGCGAGAUUGACAUUGAUGAAUGCGCUAGUGCGCCGUGCAUGCACGGGUCUUGCGUGGAUCUCAUCAAUGGUUUCUCUUGCGAAUGUUCUCCCGGAUUUGAAGGUGAUUUGUGUCAGCAGGAAAUAGAUGAGUGUGUCAGCUCUCCCUGCGUCAACGGAACGUGCGUUGACCUGGUGAACGGAUUCUUCUGCAACUGCACGGCUGGUUAUCAGGGCAUUCGGUGUCAGGAGGAAACGGACGAAUGCGAGAGCUCGCCCUGCGCGCACGGCACUUGCAUAGAUGAAUACAUCGGCUUCUCGUGUCUGUGCGAUGUGGGGUUCGAUGGCCCGCUGUGUCAAAGCAACAUUGACGAAUGUUCGAGUUCGCCGUGUUGGAACGGCACGUGCGUGGAUAAGGUUGGUGGGUUCGACUGCGAGUGUUGGCCGGGCUACGAGGGCGAGCUGUGCCAGGUUGACAGCGACGAGUGUGCCAGCACGCCUUGUGUGCACGGUACGUGCGUGGACCAAGUCAACGGGUUUGCCUGUGAGUGCUUACCUGCAUACGAGGGAAAGCUGUGUCUUGAUCUGAUUGACGCUUGUGAUAGCUCACCUUGCGUCAACGGCACGUGUGUUGAUGAAGAGGAAGCUGGUCAGUACAGAUGCGAAUGCGCGCCGGGAUGUGUGAAUGGUGUCUGUGAGAAUGGUUUGUGUCAGUGUAAUGCUGGGUACGAGGGAGAUGACUGCAGUGUUCAGAGUGACUACUGCCUCAGCUCGCCCUGCAACAAAGGAACGUGCAUUCCAGCUCUGAACGGAUACAGUUGCGAGUGCGACCCCUUCCACGAUGGCAAAAACUGUGAAAAUCCCGUGGACAAUCCGUGCGCAAAAACACCUUGUGAGCAUGGUUCAUGCAAAGCCGACAAAGAGAGCGACUAUGGCUAUACUUGCACCUGUUACGACGGCUACUAUGGUACCAACUGUGAUGUUGAGUUGAAGCAGUAUGGUUGCAUCAUCUUCAUUUUUGGUCAAAUCGACGGGGUGAAGUUUGUCGCAAACAUGGCCCGACUGUUGCAGGCCAUACUAUCACCAUUCAGACGAAGCGUUGAUGACGUGGCUGUGGAGAUCGUAAAGCUAGAAGACUACAUCACUGCUGAUACCAAGGAGACGCUGACACGAGUCACCUACGUUGCAAUGCGAGGGGAUGCCUACCUGCUUAAGACCACGGUCGAAGAAAAGGUUCAGGAAAUGGACAGUGAGGACUUGAAGGAAGAGCUUGGGUAUGGAGCAUACUUCGGUGAAGCCAUACCUAGCUCUGAUGAGAAGAGCUGGAUUGAGUCCAAUUGGUACAUUGUUGUUGGCACCUGCGUGGCUGUUAUCGUUGUCUUGGGUAUCGGUUUUGGCGUAAGAUGGCACAUGGGCAAACACGAAGAAUCCAUCGAGUUCGAUGCAGAGGAAGCGAAGGGCAAAGGGCCGAAGUCUGGGCCGAUGUCGUACUACCACGUGCUGCAAAACUCGCUGAAGCGAUCCCACACGGAGAUUGUGAACCCUGUCUUCGAUGUGAUGAAGAUCGAAGGAUACAUGGAUUGUGUUGAUACCCAAGAUAAUGGAGCUGGCGAUGCUGGGAGCUCAACGCCACCCCAAAAAACCUUUGGAAAAUUGAACGCUGUGAAGCCUCAAAGCCCUUCUUGAUUGUUUUGCACUCUCUUAAUUGGCACUUGAAAAGAAUUUUGUCAAUUUUCCACCAGUAAUUCCGAAAAAACCCAAACAAUUGUGAGCAAAUUUGCAGGUAUUUUACAAAAGGGAUUGAGGCUGGAAUAGGUCUACGUAAUUGGUUAUCAUAAAACAAAAAUGACUUAAACAAUCAAAACAGAUUUAUUUCAUGCAUUAUGAGAGCUGGUUUCGUUUUAAUUUUUGUCGAAGUGUGAAAAUUAAGUUGCAGAUGAAAAAUACCUUAGUAUUCUCUUUACAUUUAUGACAAGAAACUAUGACAAUAAAAUAUCUGCCUAAACCAAUCUAUCCACCUAAAAGUUAUCGACCUAAAAGUUAAUGUGCUGCAUGGGCCUGUAUGGAAAGGUAUAAGUAGACAAUUUAUAAAUACAAAUAGAAUCCCAGAAAAUGUACCGAUUGUUUUUUUUGCAGCUAAUUGUAGAAAGUCACACGCCUUACAUUUUGUUAUGAUAGUGUUCACUUUUGAAUUCAAUGGAAUUCCAAAAAAAGGCUUGAUAGGCGUUUAAUUAAGAAAGUCAGUUUGUAUUUACAGACUUUAGUU